AUGAGACACAACACCAUACAUAACGACUUAGUCGCGUUAGAAGCGCACCUAGUGGAUGACUGCUACUCCAGCGGUGAGCUGGCAGCAGCUAUACACGCGGCACAGCUGACACACAAAGACGAACCUCUGCGAUUUAUAUGCGAAACUGAGAACCUAAGCAUUGUCCUAACCCGAGACCUAGAACGAUGGGAGAGACUAGACUGGUUUGGUAUCAGUAACCGUCUCGCAUGGAAGGCACUAGUGAACAUACUACGACAGAGAUGUGCGACAACAACCUUCCGCAAAGCCGAUGGAAGUGUAGAAUGGUCCCUGAUAGACAAUGGACGGUCAGUAGCAAAGCAGCUACAAGCAAGGAACGAACUACACCUGAUAAGGCCAAUGACCAACCGAUGCUUCAAUAUAUCUGGGAUUAGACUAUCCGACCUGUCCCAACGACUGGCAUAUAGAAUGAUACGCCUGAGCCACAAGACUCGUAGACCUGCCACGCAGCGUGUCCUACAAUCAGUACUCAGUAACAUAGAUAAUGAUGGCGGCGACUGUGCUAAGGAAGAGGAGAUAUGGACCAGCCUCCGGGCAAAAGAGAUCCGCAAACCAGUACAAGAUUUCCUAUGGAAAUGUCUACAUAACGCGCAUAGAUGUGGGUCAUUCUGGAAGAACAUACCGAACUACGAGGAUAGAGCGCUAUGCUCCUACUGUGGUAACGAGGAGUCGAUGGAACAUAUCAUGACGCAAUGUCAGGCCCCGGGCCGCGACGUUGUCUGGAAUCUUGCUGAAGACAUCUGGGAGAAGAAACAAGCCACAUGGGCACGUCCUAAUUACAAUGAGAUAAUUGGCGUUGGCCUACAGAAAUGGUACACCCCAAAGAUGAAGCGUCGUCCAAUGGCCGAACGAUUCUGGAGAAUCCUAAUCUCAGAAUCAGCAUACCUGAUAUGGUGCUUACGAUGCGAAAGAGAGAUAGGCCACUCUGACGAACCUGGAUGGAAACACACAGAGAAAGAAAUAUCAGCUAGAUGGACGUCAGCGUUAAAUAAGAGACUCCACCUAGAGAUGGCGAUGACCCAUCGACGAUUCGGACGACAGGCACUGAGAAGGGAGACCGUCACAAACACCUGGAGAGGGACGCUGUCGGACGAACAUGCCUUACCUGAUGACUGGACAAGUACAAAUCGGGUUUUAGUGGGUAUUGCAACCUCCGCGAGAAGAGCUCAAGGCGAAGGCUGA